GCCCUCAAAAUAGGGUCUUGAUCACGCAUGCGCAGUUUCCAACCCUAUAUUUUCUUCUGGUGUCACAGCAGCGAGGUUGUCCUUCCUGUCAUAUAGUCCGCUUACAUCGUCAAUACUUCAAAGAGGCAUGGCGGAGAAGAGAAAGGGCAGUGUGGCGCAGCAGGACAAGGCAGGGAACAAAGGCUGUUUGACUUGUCAGCACCAUGCUGCACCCAAGGUACACGACACAAUGGCCGUCCCUCCUACCUACUCAGACUUGGGGAAAUCUGCCAAAGACAUCAUCAACAAGGGUUUUGGCUAUGGAGUUAUGAAGCUGGAUGUGAAGACUAAAUCCCAGAGUGGUGUUGAGUUUGCCACCUCAGGCUCCAACAACACUGACACUGGCAAGUCAAGCGGCCACCUGGAGACCAAGUACAAAGUCAGUGAGCUGGGCCUGAGCUUCAACCAGAAAUGGAACACAGACAACACUCUAUGCACAGAAGUCACCAUGGAGGACCAGCUGGCAAAAGGCCUGAAGCUGGGUCUGGACACAUCCUUUGUACCAAACACUGGCAAAAAGAGCGCCAAACUGAAGGCGUCCUACAAGCGUGACUUUGUCAACGUGGGAUGUGACCUGGACUUCGACAUGGCCGGCCUCACUGUCCACGGCGCUGCUGUGCUGGGUUACGAGGGUUGGCUGGCGGGCUACCAGGUGGCGUUUGACACGGCCAAGUCCAGGCUGACAAAGAACAACUUUGCUCUAGGAUACAAAGCCCCCGACUUCCAGCUUCAUACCAGCGUCAAUGAUGGCACAGAGUUUGCCGGCUCCAUUUACCAGAAGCUGAACAGCAACAUGGAGAUGGCCGUGCACCUGGCGUGGACAGCCGGCAGCAAUAACACGCUUUUUGGCGUGGGAGCCAAAUACCAGCUGGAUAAGGAUGCUUCUGUCUCUACCAAAGUCUACAACAACAGCCACGUUGGCGUCGGUUACACACAAACCCUUCGGCCAGGUGUCAAGCUGACGCUCUCGGCGCUCGUGGACAGCAAGAACUUGAACGGCGGCGGACACAAAGUGGGCAUGGGCUUUGAACUUGAGGCGUGAAUGUGACGGGAAAGAAGCCAAAAAAAAAAUGUCACCAGGGAGGAAAAGAAGAGGAACGAGUGUGACACCUCAAAGAUCCAAUGAAACACAUUCUAAGGUUCUAAGGGCUUAACCUUGCAGGACUUCACAUUUUUAAUGCAAUAUUAUUCCUAAACAGGGUCUGUGUGGCCACUUCAUUCACAAUCACAUCUACAGUAGAUCAAGUAUUAUUCAUACACUGGCCACGUUUCAGUCAACACUGACAAAAAUAUGUUGCUUUGCAAGUAUCACUGUUUGCCACCUCUGCAAUGUUUCACUUCACUAAAGUGCUUUGUUCUCAGGCUUGGAGCAUAAACAUCGACUCUUUGGUUCAUUCAGGCAAUUCCUUUUUUCCAUCGUUUCCUAGAUACAACAUGUGUACCAUCAGUGGUACCACACUCUGAAAAGAUUUAGAGCCGUGUUUCCCAACCUUUAAAUGAGCCAAGGCGCAUUAGAAAAAGCCUUCCAUGUUUUUGGACUGGAAUUCUUAAUCAUGCGAAAUAUUGUGCUGUCACCACAUGUCAGCAAGAGUACAGUAGAUACUGUAUACAGGGGUGCUGUGGACGAGGCAUAAAGUACAGUUAAGUUAAAGUUAAAGUACCAAUGAUUGUCACACACACACACACGAUGUGUGGUGAAAUUUGUCCUCUGCAUUUGACCCAUCCCCUUGAUCACCCCCUGGGAGGUGAGGGGAGCAGUGAGCAGCAGCGGUGCCGCGCCCAGGAAUCAUUUUGGUGAUUUAACCCCCAAUUCCAACCCUUGAUGCUGAGUGCCAAGCAGGGAGGUAAUGGGUCCCAUUUUUAUAGUCUUGGCCGAACGUUUGGACACACCUUCUCCUCAUUCAAUGCGUUUGCUUUAUUUUCAUGACUAUUUACAUCAGGGGUGUCAAAGGUACGGCAAACAUGUUUUAUCCGGCCCACGGGAUGAUUUUGCUAAGUAGAAAAAUUUGUUUUUGAAUGAAAAGAAACUGCUGUUCUAAAUGUGUCCACUGGAUGUCGCAAUAGCAAUUCUUUCUAUCUUUGUAGAUGAUGCCACAUAUGUCAGUUGAGGAAAAUGAGCAAACUACAUUAAUAACAUCCUGUAAUUUGAUUUUGAUAUCAAUUUUUUUUAUCUUGAUAGAUUUAAAAUGAACACCAAUGAUUUGACUGAUGUACAUUAUCACAUCAUUUAUUUAGAAAAUAUAAAUAACGACAAAGAUAGAAUACUAUUAAACGCAACAGGGAGGAAAAGAAGAGCUCAUCGAGAGAAUGCCAAGAGUGUGCAAAAAAGUAAUCGGAGCAAAGGGUGGCUAUUUUGAAGAAACUAGAAUAUAAAACAUGUUUUCAGUUAUGUACUUAACAAAAAAAGGUGAAAUAACUGAAAACAUGAUUUGUACAUUUUCAGAAUGUGCUUGUUCUAUUUUUAAACAAAGAAAAUCAUCUGAGGUUGUCUUUAUUUUUAAGUUAUCCUGCCGUGAUUUUACCAGUCCGACCCACUUGGGAGUAGAUUUUUCUCCAUGUGACCCCCGAUCUAAAAUGAGUUUGACACCCCUGAUUUACAUUGUAGAUUGGCACUGAAGGCAUCAAAACUAUGAAUGAACACAUGUGGAGUUAUGUACUUAACAAAAAAAGGUGACAUAACUGAAAACAUGUUUUAUAUUCUAGUUUCUUCAAAAUAGCCACCCCUUGCUCCCAUUACUGCUUUGCACACUCUUG